UUUUAUCUGCGUGAAUUUACAUGUUGUUUUCAGGAGUUUAGCAUUAGCCACUAGCUAACCUUUCGCCAAGCUAACAAACACGGUGCAGACAAAACGAGGCGAAUUUAGCAAAAAUGGGUUAUUUAAAACUGAUUGAGAUCGAAAAUUUUAAGUCCUACAAAGGCAGGCAGAUCAUCGGACCUUUUCACAAGUUCACUGCAAUCAUCGGACCCAAUGGAUCUGGGAAGUCCAAUCUUAUGGAUGCCAUCAGCUUCGUGCUGGCAGAGAAGACCAGUAACCUUCGUGUGAAGACACUGAAGGAUCUAAUCCACGGAGCUCCUGUAGGGAAGCCAGCUGCCAACCGAGCCUUCGUCAGCAUGGUGUACCAGGAGGACAACGGGGAUGAACGCUCCUUCACGAGGGUCAUUAUUGGUGCAUCGUCUGAGUACCGCAUCAACAACAAGGUUGUCGGCCUCCCUGAAUACAGCGAAGAACUUGAGAAGCUUGGCAUUCUGAUCAAGGCCAGGAACUUCCUCGUCUUUCAGGGAGCUGUGGAGUCCAUCGCCAUGAAGAACCCCAAAGAGCGCACAGCGCUGUUUGAAGAGAUCUCACGCUCUGGAGAACUGGCGCAGGAGUACGACCGCAGGAAGAAAGAGAUGGUGAAGGCAGAGGAGGACACGCAGUUCAAUUAUCACCGCAAGAAAAACAUUGCUGCCGAGCGCAAAGAGGCCAAGCAAGAGAAGGAGGAGGCUGAGCGUUACCAGCGUCUUAAGGACGAAGUGGCGCGGGCCAGCGUGCAGCUGCAGCUCUUCAAGCUCUACCACAACGAAACUGAGAUCGAGAAGCUGAACAAAGAGCUCGGUCAGCGCAACAAGGAGAUCGAGAAGGAUCGUAAAAAGAUGGACCAUGUGGAGGAGGAGCUGAAGGACAAGAAGAAGGAGCUGGGCAGGCUGAUGAGGGAGCAGCAGACGAUCGAGAAGGAAAUCAAGGAGAAAGACUCUGAGUUGAACCAGAAGAGGCCUCAGUACAUCAAGGCCAAGGAGAACACCUCUCACAAGAUUAAAAAGCUGGAGGCGGCGCGGAAGUCACUGCAAAAUGCCCAGAAGAUGUACAAGAAGCGCAAAGCAGACAUGGACGAGCUGGAUAAAGAAAUGAAGGCCGUGGAGUUGGCCAAGCAGGAGUUUGAAGAGCGGAUGGAAGAAGAGGCGCAGAGCCAGGGACAGGACCUCACCCUGGAAGAAAACCAGGUGAAACAGUACCAUCGCCUGAAGGAGGAGGCCAGUAAACGCGCCGCCACGCUGGCUCAGGAGCUCGAGAAGUUCAACCGUGACCAGAAAGCUGACCAGGACCGGCUCGACCUGGAGGAGAGGAAGAAAGUGGAGACGGAGGCGAAAAUCAAACAAAAAAUCCGUGAAAUUGAGGAAAACCAGAAACGUAUUGAGAAAUUGGAGGAUUAUAUCACCACCAGCAGGCAGUCGCUGGACGAGCAGAAGCGCAUGGAGGAGGAGCUGACUGAGGAGGUGGAAAUGGCCAAGAGGAGAAUUGAUGAGAUCAAUAUGGAGCUUAAUCAGGUAAUGGAGCAGCUCGGAGACGCCAGAAUCGACAGGCAGGAAAACAGUCGGCAGCAGCGCAAAGCAGAGAUCAUGGAGAGCAUCAAAAGACUGUAUCCCGGCUCAGUGUACGGCCGUCUGAUCGACCUCUGUCAGCCCACUCAGAAGAAGUAUCAGAUUGCCGUCACCAAAGUGUUGGGCAAAAACAUGGACGCCAUCAUCGUGGACUCGGAGAAAACUGGCAGAGACUGCAUUCAGUACAUCAAAGAGCAGAGAGGAGAACCCGAGACCUUCCUGCCUCUGGACUACCUUGAGGUGAAGCCGACAGACGAGAAGCUGAGAGAACUUCGAGGAGCCAAGCUGGUGAUCGACGUCAUUCGCUAUGAGCCGCCGCACAUCAAGAAAGCCCUGCAGUAUGCUUGUGGCAACGCUCUGGUCUGUGAGAAUGUAGAAGAUGCUCGCAGGAUUGCUUUCGGAGGGCCGUACAGACACAAGACUGUAGCCCUGGACGGCACCCUGUUCCAGAAGUCUGGAGUCAUUUCUGGAGGAGCCAGCGACCUGAAGGCCAAGGCCAGACGCUGGGACGAGAAGGCAGUGGACAAGCUGAAGGAGAAGAAGGAGAAGCUGACCGAGGAGCUCAAGGAGCAAAUGAAGGCCAAGAGGAAGGAGGCGGAGCUGCGUCAGGUUCAGUCUCAGGCUCACGGUCUGCAGAUGAGACUGAAGUACUCCCAGAGCGACCUGGAACAGACGAAAACCCGCCACCUGUCCCUCAACAUGCAGGAGAAGUCGAAGCUGGAGAGCGAACUGGCAAACUUUGGCCCCCGCAUCAACGACAUCAAGAGGAUCAUUCAGUCCCGCGAGCGGGAAAUCACCGACCUGCGGGAUCGCAUGAACCUGGUGGAGGACGAGGUGUUUGUGGAGUUCUGUAAAGAGAUCGGAGUCAGGAACAUCCGAGAGUUCGAGGAGGAGAAAGUGAAGCGGCAGAAUGAGAUCGCAAAGAAGCGUCUGGAGUUCGAGACCCAGAAAACCCGUUUGGGUAUCCAGGUGGACUAUGAGAAGAACCAGCUGAAGGAGGACCAGGAGAAGGUGAUGAUGUGGGAGCAGACGGUGAAAAAGGACGAGGCUGAGAUCGAACGACUCAAGAAGGAGGAGCAUCGACACAUGAAGAUCAUCGACGAGACCAUGGCUCAGCUGCAGGACCUGAAGAACCAGCACCUCACCAAGAAGUCCGAAGUCAACGACAAAAACCACGAGAUGGAGGAGAUCCGCAAAAAACUGGGCGGCGCCAACAAGGAGUUGACUCAGCUGCAGAAGGAGGUGACCGCCAUCGAGACCAAGCUGGAGCAGAAGCGCAGCGACCGCCACAACCUGCUGCAGGCCUGCAAAAUGCAGGACAUCCGGCUGCCGCUCCGCUCGGGAACAAUGGACGACAUCAGCCAGGGAGAGGGGAGCUCCCAGAACGACGAGUCCAGCAGCCAGAGGACGUCCAGCACCGUCCUGGCCAAAGAGGCUCUCAUCGAGAUCGACUACAGCAACCUGUCUGAAGACCUUAAGGACGCUCUGUCAGAAGAGGAGAUCAAGGCCGAGACCAACACUCUGCAGCAGCGUCUGAACGAGCAGCAGAGCAUCCUGCAGAGGAUCAGCGCUCCCAACAUGAAAGCCAUGGAGAAGCUCGAGAGCGUCCGGGACAAGUUCCAGGAGACCAGCGACGAGUUCGAGGCCGCUCGUAAGAGAGCGAAGAAAGCCAAGCAGGCCUUCGAGCAGAUCAAGAAGGAGAGAUACGAUCGGUUUAAUACCUGCUUCGAGUCCGUGGCCACCAACAUCGAUGAGAUCUACAAGGCUCUCUCGCGCAACAGCAGCGCUCAGGCCUUUCUGGGCCCAGAAAACCCCGAGGAGCCGUAUCUGGACGGCAUCAACUAUAACUGUGUGGCUCCGGGGAAGAGGUUCAGACCGAUGGACAAUCUGUCCGGAGGAGAGAAGACGGUGGCUGCUCUGGCUUUGCUCUUCGCGAUCCACAGCUACAAACCGGCUCCCUUCUUCGUCCUGGAUGAGAUCGAUGCGGCUUUGGACAACACCAACAUCGGAAAGGUGGCGAAUUACAUCAAGGACCAGUCGGUGCAGAACUUCCAGGCCAUCGUCAUCUCACUGAAGGAGGAAUUCUACACCAAGGCAGACUCGCUCAUCGGCGUUUAUCCUGAACAAGGAGACUGUGUCAUCAGCAAAGUGCUGACCUUUGACCUCUCGCAGUAUCCUGAUGCCAACCCGAAUCCAAACGAAUGAGACGAGCCCUCAUCACGCCGACAUUUCAUUUCUGUCCCUGGAGAUGGUAUCAUGUAUCCUGUAGCUCAUUUAUCCAUUAGCUCUCACUUGUUAUUUACAGUUUGUUUUCAGAAAUGUUAGAGUAGUAAACUUAGUGGAGUUCUUUGAGUUUCUGGGGAGUUUUUCUCUACGGUGACAUCCAGGACGUAUGUACAUUUAUACAAAACAAAACAGCUCUUUCCCAAUCUGGCCCUUAUUAUUCUAAAUAAAUAACUAUAAUCAUUGAAAUGAAAAACUUUUUAAAGCCUGUUGAAUUUGUAUUAUGUGGUAAAAACGUGUUGGAAUAUAAAUGAAACAAAGGUUUUUCUUUUUUUAACAGUUUCUUUGAGGCCCUCGUCUGUUCUCUGCUGUGUGAGCUCUUUUCCUUUGUGCUACUUUUUGUUUUUUUGUUUUUUUAAAUCAGAAACGUGUUACAGUUCUGUGGAUACAUUCCCGUCUGAUAAUGAGGCCGCAGGUGAGAUCAGUGAGGUUUUUUUCUGUUGUCUGAAUAACAACAGUCACUUCUUAUAACCAGCGUGAGGGACCUUGUUAAGCUGUCCGGUCUGUUUUAUUGACUAGUUUGCUUCAAUAAAUACAAUUUGGAUUAUUUAGA